AUGGAGAAGAACAACAGCAAAGUCUGCAAAAUCUGCGAUAAGUGUUUCUCCAAUGGAAAAGCCAUGGGAGGACACAUGAGAUCUCACUUUGCCAAAUUGCCAAUUCCUCCAAAGCCCGAAACCAAGAACCAAGCACUAGAUAACUCAGCCGAGUUGACCUAUCGUCCAAAUCAAUCUGCUUCCUCACAGACUUCUCAAUCUCAAAAGAAACCAGCACAAAAUUUCCGAUCUUUGAAGCGCAGCCUUUUUUCCUUCUCAACAAACACAAAUAGAGAAAAUGAAUUUAGGCCUUACCCUAAAAACCCAACCCGCAAAAGAUCCAAAUGCCACCGCAAAUUUAUUGCCGCGAUAGAGAUGAAAGCUGAUUCAGAACAAGUGACUCCAAAACCAGACUCUCUUUUUGCAGAAGAAGCUGCUAGGUCUCUAUUAAUGCUUUCCAAGGACAAAUGGCCAGAAAGCAAGGAGAUCAAGAAUCAAGAAGUGAAGGAAAUUAGGGCAAAAGACAAAGAAGAUGGUAGAGAUGACUUGCUUGCUCAAAUUCCAUCUCAAGCCAACUUCAAUCUCAUCAGGGUUUUGGUGGGGAAAAAGCAAACCAUAAGAAAAAAAUGGCCAGAAAGCAAGGAGAUCAAGAAUCAAGAAGUGAAGGAAAUUAGGGCAAAAGACAAAGAAGAUGGUAGAGAUGACUUGCUUGCUCAAAUUCCAUCUCAAGCCAACUUCAAGUGUGAUAAAUGUGGAAAAAUAUUUCAGUCUCAUCAGGCUCUUGGUGGGCACAAAGCAAACCAUAAGAAAAAUGAGAAUACAUGGCAAGGUGGUGACCCUGACAAUGAUGGAACUAGCAAAAAAAGUGAUGAUGUGGGUGAGAAAGUGUUCGAGUGUCCAUACUGCUCAAAAGUAUUUAAGUCUGCUCGAGCACUCGGUGGACACAAGAAGGUACACUUUUCAUAUAAUAAGGCUAAUGCUCAAAGUAGUGCUAAUCAAUUUGGUAGGAAGUUGGUAGUAGAUCUCAAUUUUCCAGCUCCUAUAGAAGAUUAA